AGUUUAUCCCAAGUAAUGAAAAUGUUUUUUAUGCUUUUAGGAUAAUAACACUACUAGUUAAAACAACUAUGCUAAUGGAACAAGACAAAAUACUUCAAGUCUUUGUUAUAUUUAUGGUAACGUUACAUUUCUUCUCAGGUAACGUUAAAUGUAACGUUAUCUUGAUAUUUCACUGGAGAACAUACAGAAAUAUUGAUUGUAAUGAGAAUCAUGUUAAGAGUGAUAUUAUUGAAAUACAGAGUUGAAGAAAUUAGUAUUUCACUUUAAAUAAAUAAUCCGUUAUUUGGCUCCUAACUAAUGAAAUGAAAGCAAUGGGACUUCAGAGAAAAUGAAUAAUAAUAAAAUCAUUAUCGAUAAAUGAUCUGCCAUACCUGACAAAAUCAACCACUAGAUGCCACUCUAUUCCGUCAUCGUAAUUACAGAAAUCAAAUAAAAUAUGAACAAUAAUAGUAAUUUACAAUACCGUAAAACAAAUCUGAGGUAAAAUGAUUAGGCGGCUGUUGUAAGUUGUUGCCUGGCAACUGCAACGACGGUUUUUUUUUUUAAGGCGAACUGUCAUUUUCCCGGGAACCUCCGCAUCACGUGACGCACCCGGCGCCUCGUGCACAGCUCUGCUCCCCGAAUCAAAAUGGCGGCGCCGCAUGGCGUAAAACUGAAGGAUUUAAAGUGUGGUUUGACGGACCAUACCGCAGCACAGCCGCACCAGGACUCUCAGGUUGAAUUUGUGAAACACGAUGUUCCCGUCUUUGAGCUGGAUGUCGGAAGGAUCUCCGAUGCUUUCCACGGAAGCCUGGAUCCGUCCAUUUUAUCCAUCUUUCAGGAGAAGACGUUGACGGACAGCGUGGAGAGCGAGGCGUCGCUGCUGUCCGCUCUGACCGAGAUGUUGGACAGUGUGGACGUCGAGACGCUGUCGCCAUUCGACACGCUGCCAGACGCGGAGAUCUUCUCGGCUCAGAAGGGUUUGGAUCACACGCUCAGGAAUCUGCUUCAUUUGAGUCCGUCGUCACCGGAUCGGCCCAAAAUCUCUCAAUCACCGCCUGCAAAGUCAGGAAGAGAGGUCAUGAUGUCAGACAGACAGCUGAGACCCCGUCGCCAUUUAGAGACGCAGAGCGGGAUUUCACAGCGAGGCGACGGCGAGAGGAAGAGCCGAUCUGCGAGAACCUUCCGGAUCGAGUCCGACCCGAUGUUACUCCCACAGGACAGCCGUGAAUUACUCGCAGAUUUAGUGAGACACAUGCAUCCGUACUGCCUCAGGACGCACCUGGAGAAAGAGACGCGUGUGUCUGUGGAGGAGGAAGAGGAAGAGGAGGUGUUUGUUGAUGUAGAAGGUUACGAGGAACAGGACGAGAACUUUCUGGACCAAUCAGGAAAAGACUUGAAUCCGAAAGCAGAACCAAAUGCACAGAAUACAUGCCAGGAAGAAAACGUCACACAUUCAGACCAAAACGUUAAGACGUCACCUAAACGCAGCGCUUUAGUCAAAACCAGCGAUGCACGACAGGUGAAGAAAACAGUGACUUUUGCGUUCAAUUUGAUCUCCGUUCACGAGAUUCCACCUGAUGACGAGGAGAUUUCUGAAUCCACAUCCUCUAAAAACGACAUCACUUCCCCUCAGAAGCCCAAAGCGCUCAGUCUAGACCAGUACCGGCUCCUCAGACAGAAGAAGCGACCUCUGGAGGAGAAGCGGAUGGACUUUCGAACUAAAUGGCCUUCGCUUCCCGACCUUCCCAAGGAGCUUCCGCCAAUCCUGCUGGAUUUGUUCGCACCGAAGCUGAAUCCAAACACAGCUUCUGUUAAAGUGAAAACAUCUCCAUCCCAGCCGCAGGAAAUCUCUCGUCCCUCUCGGAAGGACGCUGGAGAUCUUUGCAUUGACCCUCCAAACCCGGUUUUAGUGCCCUUGAAACCCACAGGACACUCGGCCUCAGAAUCGCUCGGUUCAGACUCCGAUGCUUGUGUUUCUUGUGAAGAGGUUCGACUCUCGGAGGUCAAACCUGAAGCUUCAGAAAGGAGACGGCCGUCUGUGCUGAUGCCCGCGACUAUCACAGAACAGCAGAACCAGACGACGUGUGGAGAAAUCGGAAUUGAAGCCGCUGAUCUGACCAGCCUUUUGGAGCAGUUUGAGACUCAAGCCUCUGAAGGGCAGAUGCUUCCAGAAGUUUCUCAGGACGAGCAUCAGGAUCGAUGUUCACAGCACACUCAUCUGACGGACCUCAGCAGCACUGCAGGACUAACUCCACCCGCUACACCUCCACAUCAGAUCUGGAGGCCCCUGGCAUCGGUCAAAGGGACAAAACAUGAAUCCAUCAAGCCGUUGCCCAGCAAAACCAUUCAGAUUAUCGAACCUCGCCCAAUGCCACGCAGUAAAACUCAUUCAAAACCCUCACUUCCCACCUUCACUCCUGUGUUGAAUCCCACUCAAGCGUUCCUGGACCACGACUACUGCGGGAUUCAGGGCAGCAGGACAAACACAAACUCACGCUGCGAUUACAGGACGCUGUCUGGUUCGGUGCUGCUGUCUCCUGACAGCUCCCCCUGCAGGAUGGAGGUGUUCAAGGGGGCGGAGUCUCUGAGGGGGCGGGGCUUGCACUUCUCCUCCCGCUCUUCGAGCUCAUUGGACCGUGGAAGGGUGAAGAGGCGGGGUUAUGAUGGCGGAUACCGGCGCUCCAGCUCGAGGUCUUGCUCCUCGUGUUCUUCAUCGUCUUCAUCAUCAUCUUCUCAUUCCAGGUCUCGUUCACCACCCAGAAAAAGGUACAGGCAUUCAGGAAGCAGUUCCUCCUCGCGCUCCAGUUCACGGUCGUCUUCUCGUUCCCCUCCUCGCAAGCGUGGACGCCGCUGCUCCAGAUCACGAUCCAGAUCGCAAACCAGAUCACGAUCCAGAUCGUUACAUCGCUCUCGUUCGGGUUCGCGCUCGCCUGAGCCGGACUGGAGAGAGUCUCACUGCAGAUGGACGAGCCGCAGACAGAAGGAGCUGAAGCGCCGACACGAAGAGGCUCGUAAACUCCGCCAGCAGAAAGCCAUCGAGGAGCGCAGGGUGGUGUAUGUGGGAGGAAUCCGUGGAAGCAUGUCGCCGUCGGACCUCACAGAUCGAUUCUCACUGUUUGGGAAGGUGGAGGAUUGCACAAUCCAUCUCAGGAGUCACGGAGAUAACUACGGCUUCAUCACGUAUUACAACACAGACCAUGCUUACGCUGCCAUUGAGAACGGCAGCAAACUGAGGCGCCCAGACGAGCUCCCCUUUGACCUUUGCUUUGGCGGCAGACGACAGUUUUGCAAAUCCAACUAUGCAGAUUUAGAUUCGAACCGGGAUGUCGAUCCAACAUCCAGGAGCCGAUGCGAGUCGUUCGACUUCGACACGCUACUGAAACAGGCUCAGAGAGGACUGAAGAGUUAGCAGCACAGAAGAUGUUCAUAAAUUACCUCAGAGCACUGAUAACCAGAAACCGAUUUCACCGGUGACCAGCUUAAAUAAUUCAGUUGCUAACAUCGGCCAUAUUCAAUUAAAGCUGGUUCACACAGGUUUAAAGGAACGGGUUAAGUACAAGUAAAGCUCGAUCAACAGCAUCUGUAAGCUGCUGGAAAUAAUGGUGAUAUAAAUGCACUUAACAUUGGAGUCACAUGCCGUACAGAUGAUGUCCAAAGAGCUGCGCUUGAGUUUGACCUGAAAAACCUGUUAUUUUUCAUCAGGGUCAUUUGCACUUCACUAAACUGACUUUGCUUUCAGCUCUUUCUUACUUGACAGUUAAAACUUCUGUUGAAGUACUUUUGCUCAUUAAAUUUUGUACAUAAGAAUGGAAUGGCAUUAAAGGAUGAAAUCAUCAUUUUGAAAGGAAAUUUAACGCAAUUGAAUGGUUAAUGGUUUGUCUUUUAUGGUAUAUAUAGACUUGAGUUUUUUUGAAGUGAUACCAAAAACAUGUUUUUCAGUUGGAAUGACGAAUCUUUACACGAAUAAAAAGGUUUAUGUACUAAUGAA